CGGGAAGCCAGAACCAAAACAUUUCCUCAUUAGACUUGUCAAUUGAUAAAAUUGGCUUUAAAAUUUGAAGGUAUUUUUGUUUCAUUGGCAAGGUUCAAGCUGAAGCCAAAAUUUCGCUUUUCCUCUAAACAUUUAAUUCAACGAAACAUUUGUGGAUUUAGACAGUAUCACAGAUUCCCAAAAAAAAUGGCAGCAGUAGACCAACUUACGAUAAAUUUACAAUCCUUAGGAUUGCAAGAUCAUACGCUUCUUAAAGAAGCUGAUGUUGAACACAAUCCUAUUGAUCUUUACCGCAGCUACAUUGCUAGUGAACUUUCUAAAAUCAGCGGAGUAGAUACUUCUCUUAUUUACCCUGCUUUGGAAACAUCUAUUAGCAAAGACUCUGCUGACUUAAACCUACCGGUUCCUCGUCUUCGUGCAAAGGGUGGUAAACCUCAAGAAUUGGCUGCUAAAUGGGCUGAAGAAUUCCCUAAGGAUUUGGUAGAUGUUGUUGCUAAUGGAAUCUUUUUACGUUUCAAUUUUAUUGGUCCUUCCCUUACCAAAUUGGUUUUGCCUAUGAUUUGGAACCAACGAGAAGAGUAUGGUCGUAACGAGUCCGCUAAGGGAAAGGUCGCCGUUUUUGACUUCAGUAGUCCUAACAUUGCUAAACCUUUCCACGCUGGUCAUUUGCGUAGUACCAUCAUUGGUUCUUUCCUUUGUAACUUGCAUGAAUCCCAAGGUUGGAAGGUCCAUCGUGUCAACUACUUGGGUGAUUGGGGUAAACAGUUUGGUUUGCUUGCCAUUGGUUUUGAACGUUAUGGAAACGAUAAGGAACUCGAAGAAAACCCCAUGCGUCAUCUUUAUGAUGUUUACGUGAAAAUUAAUGCUGAUGCCACCGCUGAAGAAGAAAAGAUUCAGCAAGAAGGUGCUGAAGCAGAAAGUAAGGGUGUUCCUUACACUCCCUUUGCUACACUUCAUGACAAGGCUCGUGAAUUCUUCAAGCAAAUGGAGGCUGGCGAUGAGCAGAGUCUUAAGACUUGGUCUCGUUUCCGUGACCUUAGCAUUGUCAAAUUGAAGGAGACUUACGAGCGUCUCAACAUCAAAUACGACGAAUAUGAUGGUGAAUCUCAGGUUUCUCUUCAACUUAUGGAUGAAAUGAUUGAUCUUUUGAAAAAGAAAAAUCUUGUUGAACAAGACAAUGGUGCCUUAUUAAUUGAUCUUGCCAAAUUUGACAAGAAACUUGGCAAGGCGGUUGUCCGUAAACGUGAUGGUGCCACCCUUUACUUAACUCGUGAUAUUGGUACUGCUGUCAAGCGUUAUGAAAAGUAUAAAUUUGACAAGUCUGUCUAUGUUGUUGCUUCUCAACAAGAUAUGUACUUUGCUCAAUUAUUCAAAAUUCUUGAGCUCAUGGGUUUUGAAUGGGCUAAGAAGUGUGUUCAUAUCAACUACGGUCUUAUUCAAGGAAUGAGUACUCGAAAAGGUAAGGCAAUUUUUUUGGACGACAUCAUGGAAGUUGCCAAAGAAGAAAUGCACAAGGUUAUGCAGAAGAACCAGGAGAAAUAUUCUCAAAUCGAAAACCCCGAAGAGGUUGCUGACAUUGUCGGUAAGACUGCUAUCCGUAUUCAAGAUUCUACUGGUAAACGGAUCAACAACUAUGCUUUUGAUUGGUCUCGUAUGACCUCUUUUGAAGGUGAUACUGGUCCUUACCUUCAAUAUGCUCACUCUCGUUUGUCGUCUGUUCAACGUAACGUUGACUUUACUGAUGAACAAAUGAAGAAUGCCGAUUUGAGUUUGAUUACAGAGCCUGAAGCUUAUGAAUUGGUUCGUUUGCUCGGCCAGUAUCCUGAUGUUUUGAAGAGUGCAUUCCGUUUCCAAGAAACUUCUACAGUGGUUACCUACCUUUUCAAAUUGACACAUGCUGUCAGUAAAUUGUACGAUAUUCUUUGGGUUAAGGGUCGUGAAGAAAACUUGCAACUUGCUCGUCUUGCACUCUUUGGAGCUGCCAAACAAGUUCUGAACAACGGUAUGAAAUUGUUGGGCUUGACUCCUUUGGAGAGAAUGUAGAUUGCAGAGAAAAAAAAUCAGUUUUUGUGAUAAUUUAAUUGAAAUUUUUUUAAAAAAAUAUCUAACUGUAGAGAGAUGGGAGAAGCAAAGGUUGUAGAUUCCGAUCAAAGUUUUGAAAGUGAUUGAAAGAUCAAUAUUAAGAGGUUUGACAUUAAAGGAAUGGCUUUCAUUAGAUAACGGAACAAUUUCUUUUCGAAAGUUUGAUAUCAGUUUUGGAGUGAAAACAGCAAUUAGAGCGAACGGAAGCAAAACGAUCAGCUGUAAAAGAGAAAACAAUAUGAUGGGAGCAAAAUGGUAGCGAUCAGAAUUCAACUAUUGAAGCAUUCUGGUUGUUGCAUGGCAGAUAGUGCAAGAGCGGAUGUAGUACUAACUAAUGUGGGAGGAGAGAUUUGAACAGACUUUUGAUUUGAGCAUCUUGUUUUUUUUUGAGAUGUAAAUAGACGGUUAAUGAAAGACUUGAGAAAAUUAAUGUUUCUUUUAAGGAUAUUUUUUGGGGACCGGAUAGAUGGACGCGGUUGAGCAGGUUUUUGCUCUUGCGCUAAGGGAAUAUUUUCUUUCAGAAAAUGGGUUCGAAUAUCCUUUUCGAAAAUGGGAUCCACAUACACGGUUGAAUGGACUUUGUCUGCAUAUUCAGCGGCUCCAGCAGUAAUCAAUUUUCGGUUUCGAACGUUCAUUACGGAAUAAUGAGUAAAAGCUAUUAAAAUAAGAUUUAGAUUUUAAGACUGAAAAUGAAAGUAUAGAACCUGAAAAUCUCAACAAAUCCCAAUACAAUUCUGUUA